CAUCAACUCCUUCCUUCCCAUGUCAAUGCUGAGUGACGAUAACUCUGUGAAGCUGAAAAGUGAUUGUUUGCCUCCUGUGCAAUGCUGUAAGGUAGCUGCACAUGAAGAUGAGAAGACCAAUCUGGUUUUUAAAAGACUCCUUGCACUGUUUGUGAUUGGAGGGUGCUUCCUUUAUAUCCUCAAAUUACAUUUUUACCCUGAAGAAUGUGACAGAACAAAAACACCGUAUGUGGACUUUGAUCGUGUAAAGAGAGCACAGCAAUAUGCCAGUGCUGUGUUGCAGGAACAGUGCCGACCUUCGUAUGUGAAAACAAUGGGAAAGUUAUUUGCAGAGAAAUACAGCAUGGACAUACCUCCCUUUGUAGGAAAAAAUAUAGAUGAUGAUGAAGCUUUAUUUAAAUACGGACCUCCCUUUGGAUUCCACAGGUUCUUUGAUAAGAUUAAAAAUCUUCUUGAACUCUUACCAGAGCACGAUUUGCCAGAGGAUUUGAAGUCAAAACACUGUAAGCGUUGUGUUGUUAUUGGCAGCGGUGGAAUUCUGUAUGGAUCAGAGCUAGGUCACUUACUGAAUCAGUAUGAUAUUGUUAUAAGGUUAAAUGAUGCACCAGUUCAAGGAUACACAGAUCACGUUGGUAACAAAACUACUAUAAGGAUGACUUACCCAGAAGGAGCUCCACUUUCAGAACAUGAGUAUCCCCCUGCUAGUUUAUUUGUGGCUGUCCUCUUUAAAAGUGUUGAUUUCAAUUGGCUUCAAGCAAUGGUAAAAAAUGAAACACUGUCUCUGUGGAUACGACUUUUCUUUUGGAAGGAAGUCGCCAAGAAAAUUCCUUUUACAUCAAAACAAUUUCGGAUUCUCAAUCCAGUCAUUGUUAAAGAGACAGCCCUGGACAUCUUAGAGUUUCCCAAACCUCGAUCAAUAUUCUGGGGUUGGGAUAAGAAUGUACCCACAAUUGGGGUCAUGGCAGUUGUUCUGGCCACACAUUUAUGUGAUGAAGUAAGCAUAGCAGGAUUUGGGUAUGACCUCGACCAGCCCAGCACACCUUUGCACUAUUACAACAACCUCUGCAUGGCUGCCAUGAACAGACAAACGAUGCACAAUGUGACAGGUGAAACAAAAUUACUGCAAAAACUGGUCAAAGAAAAAGUUGUAAAAGACCUCACUGGUGGAAUACAUUGUGAAUUCUGCAACAAAGACAGCUAGUGAUUGAAGUGCAGCAUGGUCUGGAUUCGUUAAAUUCCCAGAAGUUUUGUUGGAACAACCUUUAAAGCGUAUAUAAAAAUGGACUUGGAAUCUCUGCUGUCUUUUUUUUUUUUUUUAAAUGUCAAGUUUAAUUUGUUGGACUUUUACAUUUAUUUUGAUGUUCGAUUUUAUUUUGCACGUUUUUUGUGGAUAACUGUAAAUACAACUCGGCGUUGAAAGAGAUCCAUUUAAAAUAUUUAAUGUUUUAAGUUGUCAGAAGAAAAGCAGAGAUUUUGUUUUCAUAUGUAUAUGGUACGCACAAUGCUACCCUGAGUUGUCUGACAGCAUAGAAGAUUUAUUUCCCAUUGAGCUGCUGUCUUUGUGGAUCCAGUUCCUGGUGUAUGACUCCUUUUCAUGCAUGCCGUGAAAAGAAAGGCGUAUGUUUCUCCAAUCUCACUUCUCACAACUCGACCAUUGUGUUUCUCCCUCAAAUAUUUAUAUUAUUUUGAUUUUGUGCUGAUAUUUUUUUUUGGAGGAGGGAUGUGGGAGUGGAGGUGAAGGAAAAGGAACUGUUGUGGCAACAACUGACAAGUCAGCACUUCAAUGCCCACACUUGAUGUUAGAAUCCUUGAUGCCAUCAUGCAUUGGGUUAGAACCCUGCUUUUGCAUGAGGCACAUUUGGACCCCAGGGCGUGUUGUAAAAUGGUGUAACCUGUAGGAGACUGUCACCUGAAUGCAGUCCUUCCUUCAGGCCAUUCCUGCAGACCCAGACGAAUGUUUCUAAGUAGUUGAUUUGCAGCAGAGUUCAGCUACUCCAGGUAAAGAAGUGGCAUUAAUACAGAAUCUGUUCUCUUCAUUUCUAGAGUGACUUGAGAGUCUCUCAGUCAAUGACACAUUGGUUUGUAUAAACCUUCCAUUUAGCAAUAAUAGAAUCUAUGACUAGGCGGAAAUUUAUCUUGGUUUACUUUACGAUCCUUUAGCAAUUAAUUAUGGCUAUUGUUACGUCAAGGGUUAUCAUCAAUGUAAACUAUUAUGAACACUAGUGUUGACUGUUAAAAUUGAAGGGAGAGGUUGGAUUAUCUUAGAUAAGCUUUUAAGUCAGCAGCUGGCUGAAUGUAUGCAAGGAAACCACAAAAUCAUACUGAGAAAGUAUGACCUCGUAAGAAUGCCUGCUGAAGGCAGCAUGCUUCUUGAAAACCCAAAAGUUAAACCUAUAUGAAGAUAUACUCUUGUGACUGGAAGUCAGUGCAUUGCAAAGAAACUGGACUGCGCAGACCUGCACGCAGGUGUAGUUGUUAGCUCUGGGACUGGUAGAGUAGCACUGUUUGCACUGAGUGUUGUUAGUCAGCCUGCAGCAUCUGAAAAAUGCUUUUUUGGGGAAGCUUGUUAGCAAAUCGAUUAAUGGUUGGCCUGGGAACAUUGUUUAGAGUCAUGGACUCUCCACAUCAUGAACAUUCCCACAUUUUUUUAGUUUUUAUUACGGGCUAAGGUAAACACAGUAUGGAGGUUCAAAUAUUCCAAUAUCUAAUGAGGGAAAGUAAGAUUAUGGUAGCUGUGGAUUUAUUUUUAGUUAUUUUUUCCCUGGUGAGGAGAUGUAAUGAAUGGUAAUGUUGAAACACAGAAGCAGCAGACGGAUUCUGGCUGUUACACAGAAAGGCAAUAAAAUAUCAUGUGAUCAUAAAGCCUAAUUCUGAAUAAGAAGUUAUGGACCCUAACUUUCCUUAGUCCCAUGUGUGUCCUUGAAAGCCAGUUGUGGACGAUAAGGAAAUAUCAGAAUCAGAUUCAUGUCUCUGGCACUGUUUGUGUUCAUAGCAAUAAUGUUAAUCUAAAUUCUUCUCAAAACACAUUAAUUUUUGUGCUAGCAAUAAAUUUCUAGUUUAUUUUCCUGUAAGUAAAAUAAUUAUAUUGUUUAAUUUAAAGCUAUUUCAUGUUUGAAGAGUUUUAUACAGAUGGUCUUUUAGUUAAUAUAUUGAAAUGUGCUAAUUAUUUUCUCUUGAUAUUUAAACUAGCAACAGAGUAUGUUAAUUUCAUUUGCUAUUAGUGAAGAAAUGAUGGAGUUCAGAAUAUGUGUGUUGGGAGGAUGUCCUGAAUACACCAAAUUAUGUGUUUCAGAGCACUUGAUCCCUUACCACUUUGCUUUAAUCAGGAAAUUGAAAAAGAAUCAGUUGAUUAAUGUGAAUGCCAGUAGCUUUUUGGAGAUGUCGUAUUUAUUGUCAGGUUCUUAAAUUAUGUUGAUGUGGGGUUAGUUGUUUGUUGUUUUUUUUUCCCACCAGUUUUGUAGCUUGUGAUAAAACAUUGCUCUCCAUUGUAGUGUGUAUGUGGCGUUGGGUAUUCCUUCAUGGGCUCGACCAUACAUCAAAUGGCAGCAGAGUUCACGUUGCAAAAAGCAAUAAACUGAUGAAACCACUUUCUAUUUA